AUGCUGCUGUCAAGUCCCAUGUCGACCAGCAGCAUUGACAGCAGCUGCGAAGGGACCGCAUCUGCCAAACACAUGAGUGGUCUGUCCACAUCCAACAUCAACAGCAGCAUUGCUCUGAAGUAUCCCAUCGUCAACCAGGUCACCGUCAUCUUCCACAGCUUCGGGGACGAGUGGAGGGGAGAGAGCAACAACUACGUCGUCAACUACAACGUCGUCACCAACCGCAUCUUCGCCGAUUACGAUUCGCUGGUGACAUGGUCGAGGAGACCUCCCGUCUUGAGUCGCACAAGAUCGACGCUCGAGUUGCGCCCAGUUGCGGCUCUCGUAUGGUGA